UCACAUUGUACAGUGUGCUCACAAGCGUGGAAUAAAAACCCCUUCGAUUUCCCAGUACCGUUUUCUUGCUCAUCGCUGUGAAAUCACAUACUGAGCGAAAAGCGAAAAGACUCGAAAUUUCUCCAAAACAUACAUUCCCUUGCUGUUUGGUUGCUGAGAAAAUAGAAUCCCAGAAAAUAUGGAACCCGAAGAGGAACAGAAAAUUGAGAAGACGUUGCGGAGGAUUCUCGAGAAAUCGAACAUGGACGAAGUGACGGAGCACAAGAUUCGGAAGCAAGCAUCGGAGGAGUUGGAGCUCGACCUCUCCAAGAAGCCCUACAAGGCCUUCGUCAAGAAGGUGAUCGAGACGUUCCUCGAAGAACAAGCACAAGACCAAGAAGAAGAAGAGGAGCAGGAGGCAAAUGAUGGUUCGAGGGAGUACGAUGAUGAGGGCAAUCCCAUCAUUUGCAAGCUUUCGGAGAAGAGAAAGGUAACGGUUCAAGAUUUCCGUGGGAAAACCUUGGUCUCUAUAAGGGAAUACUACAGGAAAGAUGGCAAAGAGCUACCCACUUCUAAAGGAAUAAGCUUGACAGAGGAGCAAUGGGCAAUCUUCAAGAAGAAUGUUCCUGCUAUAGAGAAAGCGGCAAGGAAGAUGGAAUCAAAGAUCAUGUGAAUGACAAAAUCAUCUAUACAUUUGAAACAAUGAAGAUAUUUUGAAUAUAAUCUUUUGAAUGUCCAUACCCUUGGUAGUUCUGACCAAGUUAAAAGUGGUUUUGUUCUUCCAAUGUUUCAUUUUGGUGUCCUCAUGAACCUGUUAUGAUGUAUCUAGUUAGCUCUUAAUAUUUCAAACUAACAAUGUGUUAUCUCCUUGUAUUUUGUUGUUGGCUGGAGCUUUUAAGAUGGUGUAGUAAUUUCGAGUCCAUUUGCAAGAAUUUAUGUUCUUUCU